AUGUUGACCAAAAUUUUAGAAAAAUGUUCUGAACGACAUUUAUAUCCAGAUCCAACAAGCUUUCAUGUCGAUUUCGAAAAAUCUGUGAUAAACGCAGUGAAAUCUGUGUUAGGAGAUCAUGUGUGUAUUAAUGGUUGUUUUUAUCAUCUGACACAAAGUACACACAGAAUGAUACAAAAGCUGGGCCUAGAACAAAUAUACAAAACAAAUGAAAGUUUUAGUGAGUUUUGUAGAAAACUGGAUGGGUUGGCAUUUUUACCUUUAGACAUGGUUUAAGAUGACAUGGCUCAUUUAAAGAGUAUAAUGCCAAACCAUGCCAAUGAUUUAAUUGAAUACUUUGACAAAACUUACGUUAAAGGAUCUUAUAGACAGAUAAGUGUUCCAGGAGACACUCAUUUACGUUUAAGAAAUUGGCCACCUCUUUUUCCUCCUGAACAAUGGAAUACUCAUAAUUUGACGU